UUUUUUUUUUUUACUGUAUGAAAGUUGUUACAACAUUCUGGUCUAGGCUGACUGGUGACCAAUGGACUGACUGAGAGAGAGAGAGAAACCGAGUGAUCAGAAUAAGGGAAGGCGUAGUGGAGUGGAGGAUAGAAAGAGAAAAUAAUUGUGUGAAAAAGUCGAGUGAAGUUUACAAUAUGAGCAGGUCAAUUCAAUGUCUUUAGAUGCAUUUGAAGAGGAUUUGGAGUGGUUCCUUCAUCGGUUGUUAGUUACCAGUGUUAUGAAGCAGCUCGGCGGGGGAUAGCUGAAAAUAUUCAAGGUAUUUUAUUACAACUUGCAGAACAAGGGGACUCAUCUCUGGCAGGUUUUUUUUCCAUCACUUGUAGGUGUCCUAUUCAUUUACUGUUAGAGGAUCCAAGGACGUCUGCCUUUUAAUCCUGAGCCUAAUUGCCAUCGGACACUUUUGAGGACUGUUUUUGGAGGGGAAUUGAUUAUGGCCAGUUCCCUGUACUUUAUCCUCCCGGCCCUAGGGGGCUACACCCUGACGUCACUCUACCUGUUGAAGAACCCUCAGAUCCUCCACAAGAAGAAACGUGCUGCCUUCCACUGCACCCACAUCUCACACAGAGGAGGUAAGGAAGGAACGGUGGAGGGAUGUAGUAGUUACCUUGCAGCUUCACCUUUCCUCUGUAACCAUUGAUGUGAAUGGGCUGGACUAGUGAAAGUGGAAUGUUUGGAGCCUGUGGUGUAGCUGCAAGCAGGAGUACUGAGUGACUAUUGAUUUGGCCCACAGUCACACUGUAUCUGGAUAAAUAUGUGGCUCUGAUCUGAACUAUCCUGUAAUUUCAAGUCUGUGGGGAUCAAGGAAAAGUAGGCUAUAGAGUGAGAGUCUUGGAGCUGGAUAUGACACUGAUGUUCUUUGCUUUUCUCCUGAUCUGUGUUGGCAGGAAGCGGCGAGAGGAUAGAGAGCACCAUGGAGGCCUUCACACAGUAAGUGACCAACCCUGACCAAACCUGACUUCAGAUCAGUUACAGUGCUUAUCAUAAGUAUUCACCCCCCUUGGAUUUCUUCACAUUUUAUUGUGUUAGAAAGUGGUAUUAAAAUGGAUUUAACUGUAUUUUUUUUCAACGAUCUACACAAAAUACUCUGUCAAUAUUUUUUUUAAGUUAACGAGUCAAUACAUGUUAGAAACACCUUUGGCAGCAAUUACAGAUGUGAUUAUUUUUGGGUAAGUCUCUAAGAGCUUUGCACACCUGAAUUGUGAGAUAUUUGCCUGUUAUUCUUUAAAAAAAUCUUCAACCUCUGUCAAUUUGGUUGUUGUUCAUUGCUAGACACACAGCCAUGUUCAAGUCUCGCCAUAGAUUUUUAAGCAGAUUUACAGUACCAGUCAAAAGUUUGGAUACACAUACUCAUUCCAGGGUUUUUCAUUAUUUUCAUUAUUUUUACUAUUUUCUACAUUGUAGAAUAAUAGUGAAGACAUCAAAACUAUGAAAUAACACAUAUGGAAUCAUGUAGUGACCGAAAAAGUGUUAAACAAAUGAAAAUAUAUUUGAGAUUUGAGAUUCUUCAAAUAGCCACCCUUUGCCUUGAUGACAGCUUUGCACACUCUUGGCAUUCUCUCAACCAGCUUCACCUGGAAUGCUUUUCCAACAGUCUUGAAGGAGUUUCCACAUAUGCUGAGCACUUGUUGGCUGCUUUUCCUUCACUCUGUGGUUCAACUCAUCCCAAACCAUCUCAAUUGGGUUGAGGUCGGGUGAUUGUGGAGGCCAGGUCAUCUGAUGCAGCACUCCAUCUCCUUCUUGGUAAAAUAGCCCUUACACAGCCUGGAAGUGUGUUGGGUCAUUGUCCUGUUGAAAAACAAAUGAUAGUCCCACUAAGCCCAAACCAGAUGGGAUGGUGUAUCGCUGUAGAAUGCUGUGGUAGCCAUUCUGGUGUGUUUUACGGUGGGAAAUACACAUGCGGAGAUCAUCCAGCAAUUCGACCAUGAAGGCCUGAUUCACACAGUCCCCUCUGAACAGUUGAUGUUGAGAUGUGUCUGUUACUUGAGCUCUGUGAAGCAUUUAUUUGGCCUGCAAUUUCUGAGGCUGGUAACUCUAAUGAACUUAUCCUCUGCAGCAGAGUUAACUCUGGGUCUUCCAUUCCUGUGGCGGUCCUCAUGAGAGCCAGUUUCAUCAUAGCGCUUAAUGGUUUUUGCGACUGCACUUGAACAAAACUUUCUUGAAGUUUCGUAUUGACUGACCUUCAUGUCUUAAAGUCAUGAUGGGCUGUUGUUUCUCUUUGCUUAUUUGAGCUGUUCUUGCCAUAAUAUGGACUUGGUCUUUUACCAAAUAGGGCUAUCUUUUGUAUACCCCCCCCCCUACCUUGUCACAACACAACUGAUUGUCUCAAACGUGUUAUUAAGGAAAGAAAUCCCACAAAUGAACGUUUAAGAAGGCACACCUGUUAAUUGAAAUGUAUUCCAGGUGACUACCUCAUGAAGCUGGUUGAGAGAAUGCCAAGAGUGUGCAUAAAUGUAAUCAAGGCAAAGGGUGGCUAUUUGAAAAAUCUCAAAUACAUUUUGAUUUGUUUAACACUUUUUUGGUUACUACAUGAUUCCAUAUGUGUUAUUUCAUAGUUUUGAUGUCUUCACUAUUAUUCUACAAUGUAAAAAUAAAGAAAAACCCUUAAAUGAGUAGAGUGUCCAAACUUUUGACUGGUAGCGUAAGUCAAAACUGUAAGUAGGCCACUCAGGAACAUACACUCAUUGGAUGCUGCUGAGGGGAGGACAGCGCAUAAUAAUGUCUGGAAUGGAGUCAAUGGAGUGAUAUCAACCACAUGGAAACCAAGUCUUUGAUGUGAUUGAUACCAAUCCAUUUACUCCAUUCCAGCCAUUAUUAUGAGCCGUUCUCCCCUAAGCAGCCUCCACUGCAUUCACUGUCUUCUAGGUUAUUGUCCUGCUGAAAGAUGAAUUCAUCUUCCAGUGUGUGGUGAAAAGCAGACUGAACCAGGUUUCCAUUCAGUUAAUACUCUCGUUACAACACAACUGUAUGUGAGUCAUACUCUCACGACUUUGAUUGAAGAGCUAAAAUCACGCCUGACAAUUCUUCUGCUCUUCACCUCGAUGUCUGUAGGAACGAUUCAUGCCACAAACAAACAUUUUUGGAACAUGAGACUGACUUUUUGCCAACUAAACUGACCCGUUGUUUGCAAACCAAUUCGUUAUUCUAUGGAUUGCUUGGCCUGGCUGUAGCAAUGAGUACGAUGGCUAACAUGACCGAAACGAUGAAGGCUAACAAACUGGGUUCGGGACCAUGCCCAAAUGAAUAAAAAUAUAUUCACGUUUGUUGUCUUGUAUGUGCUCGGUGCAUUCUCUGGCUGCCCUCGCUCGAAUCAGUUCGUGUGUGGGCCUAGAUGACGUUUUCAAUAACCGUGGCUUGCCCACGGCUGGCACUGUUCUCCUAGUCCAAGGCACAGGUUCUCUUGACAAUUGUGUAGCAUUCUUGUGAGGCCUUGACUUCCUCUCCCGGUUGCCUGUACCUCGGCUGAGUCUGAGUUGCAGGACGUGGAGAUGGGCUUUGGUCGGAGCAAAUGUCUUGUCUGCCUGGUCUUGGUGUAUGCGGUAGCUGUCUGCACCCAACCCGGCUCUUGUGCGCUCUGUCGCCGGUUACUGGAUGCUACUCGAAGAGAGAGGGCGGCCAGGUUCGGUGGGUACCCCCCGCCGCCUCUGUCUGCCUUGGUCUAGCACCGCUUGCCUCUCUUCCCAGAUUCUUUGUUGAUGAAGGAUCCGGUCCCACUUUGGUGAUCCGGUCCUACGUAGACCUUCGAGACCAGGCUAGCUAAACAAGCACUGCAUUGCGUGCUAGCCACGUUGGCUAACUCGCCGAGGCGAGCUAGAUAUUACUUGGUAUUCCUGCCUUCCCAUGGUGGAGCUGCUUGGGUAGCUCUCUUGUUUAGUAUAUGUAGAGUUAAGUCAUUUGGUUGUUCUAAAUGGACCAUGCUGCGGUCAAAGAGGCUAGCUAGCUUAGACUAAAAAGCUUCUUGCCUAACGUCGGCUAGGAUGUGUAACUUCCGGUGAGUGAAACUUACUAGCUUUCCCCCAGCACCUCCGAUGAGGAAGCAGCCCCCGAGCACUUGGCUCAGGUAACUUCCGGAACGAGGAUCCUUGGCACGGGUGUGAGUGACCAGUGCGCCCCUCUACAAAAACAUUACUGUGACAACAGUGCCCCCACGUUUGGUUAUGGUCCAAACAAGGUACUAUGUCAGCCCUUGCCAGAGCCCCCGUGCCCCUUAAGUGGUUGGUAGCAGAGUCAAGGGAAUUAGCAGGGUUGGACACGACCAUGCUAUUAUCCCACACAAGUCUCUUUGGUGGUCAAAAUCUGUCCCAGUCCCGAUGGUGGUGUCCCGGCCUUUCAGAUGGCACUUCACGGGUGGCUUGCUGUCUGCACCGACCAAUGGCGCGCAUGCGCAGUGUCACCCUGGAUCAUGCCAACACUGAUGUCGGGGUACAGGCUACAAUUUGUUGUGCGUUCCACACGCUUCUGCAGCAUCAUCAUUUCGACAUCAUCAUAUCCUCCCGUCUCCAGAAGCAGGCAAUCCGAGUGGUUCCUAUGUCGAAGAUCCAGGACAGCUGGUACGGAUGGUAUUUCCUGGUUCCGAAAAGGGAUGGGACUGUACGUCCCAUUCGAGGCCUACGUGCCCUCAGCAAGCACCUCAGAGUCUACAAAUUCGGAAUGUUCACGAGCCGCCGGCUAUUACAGCAGAUUGGCUGGUAUUACACACAUCCAUGCUACUGUCACAUAUUCAGUCUGUAGGCUUCAUAAGAAACCAGAAAACAGCCAUCUGACUCUCAGCGCAUUCCGCUUCUGGGUCUUGAGCUAGACUCACUCACGUAUGAUGGCGCCAGAGGGGAUGGCUGCCAUUUUAUGGACUCUUAACCAACCGUGCUAUUUUGUGUGUUUGUAACUUAUUUUGUACAUAAUGUUGCUGCUACCGUCUCUUAUGACCAAAAAGAGCUUCUGGACAUCAGAACAGCGAUUACUCACCUUGAACUGGACGAAUUGGUAAGGAGUCAGCGACGAGUGGCUAAUCUGCCUUUGCCAUCGAUAAUAUUGGCCAACUUACAAUCGUUUGAUAAUAAAAUGGAUGAACUACAGGCACGAAUAUCCUACCAACGGGACAUUAAAAACUGUAAUAUCUUAUGUUUCACCCGAGUCGUGGCUGAAAGAUGAUAUGAAUAACAUACAGCUGGUGGGUUAUACACUGUAUCGUCAGGAUAGAACAGCAGCCUCUGGUAAAAUAAGGGGUGGAGGUCUAUGUAUGUUUGUAAACAACAGCUGGUGCACGAUAUCUAAGAAAGUCUCAAGGUUUUGCUCGCCUGAGGUAGAGUAUCUCAUGAUAAGCUGUAGACCACACUAUCUACCAAGAGUUUUCAUCUAUAUUCUUCAUAGCUGUCUAUUUACAACCACAAACCGAUGCUGGCACUAAGACCGCACUCAAUGAACUGUAUACGGCCAUAAGCAAACAGGAAAACGCUCAUCCAGAUGCGAUGCUCCUAGUGGCUGGGGACUUUAAUGCAGGGAAACUUAAAUCUGUUUCACCUCAUUUCUACCAGCAUGUUCAAUGUGCAACCAGAGGGGAAAAAAACUCUAGACCACCUUUACUCCACACACAGAGACGCAAACAAAGCUCUCCCUCGCCCUCCAUUUGGAAAAUCAGACCAUAAUUCUAUCCUCCUGAUUCCUGCUUACAAGCAAAAACUAAAGCAGGAAGCAGCAGUGACUCGGUCAAUAAAGAAGUGGUCAGAUGAAGCAGAUGCUAAGCUACAGGACUGUUUUUCUAGCACAGACUGGAAUGUGUUCUGUGAUUCUUCCGAUGGCAUUGAGUACACCACAUCAGUCACUGGCUUCAUCAAUAAGUGCAUCGAUGACAUCGUCCCUACAGUGACUGUACGUACAUACCCCAACCAGAAGCCAUGGAUUACAGGCAACAUCCGCACUGAGCUAAAGGGUAGAGCUGCCGCUUUCAAGGAGUGGGACUCUAACCCGGAAGCUUAUAAGAAAUCCUGCUAUACCCUCCGACGAACUAUCAAACAGGCAAAGCGUCAAUACAGGACUAAGAUCGAAUCGUACUACACCGGCUCCGACGCUCGUCAGAUGUGGCAGGGCUUGCAAACUAUUACAGACUACAAAGGGAAGCACAGCGGCGAGUUGCCCAGUGACACAAGCCUACCAGACGAGCUAAAUUACUUCUAUGCUCGCUUCGAGGCAAGUAACACUGAAACAUGCAUGAGAGCAUCAGCUAUUCCGGAUGACUGUGUGAUCACGCUCUCCGUAGCCGAUGUGAGUAAGACCUUUAAACAGGUCAACAUUCACAAGGCCAGAUUACCAGGACGUGUACUCCGAGCAUGCACUGACAUUUUCAACCUCUCCCUGUCUGAAUCUGUAAUACCAGCAUGUUUCAAGCAGACCACCAUAGUCCCUGUGCCCAAGAAGACUAAGGUAACCUGCCUAAAUGACUACCGACCUGUAGCACUCACGUCUGUAGCCAUGAAGUGCUUUGAAAGGCUGGUCAUGGCUCACAUCAACACCAUUAUCCCAGAAACCCUAGACCCACUCCAAUUUGCAUAUCGCCCCAACAGAUCCACAGAUGAUGCAAUCUCUAUUGUGCUCCACACUGCCCUUUCACACCUGUCAUUUUGGGGUAUUGUGUGUGUAUAUGGGUGAGAUUAUUAAUUUUUUUAAUCCAUUUUGAAUUCAGGCUGUAACACAACUAAAUGUGGAAUAAGUCAAGGGGUAUGAAUACUUUCUGAAGGCACUCUAGGUCCAUUAUAAACAGUUUUGAUUUGGUUGAUUUUUGUAUUUUUACUCAAACCACCCUCAGGCCGGAUUGGACCCCCUCGUGGGCCGGAUCCGGGCCGUAUGUUUGACACCCCUGACCUAGAUUCAAUCAGAUCAAGCAUUAACCCACGCUAACCGACACCCGCAUAGCUGGUGUUUUGGCUGUGUCAGAGCCGGGAACUGCAUUGGAGCUGUCAAAUCGGUGAACAGCUGCUCGUGUGGUCAUUGUCACAAAGCCACACCCGUCCCACUCACAUUAGAAGUUCAGAACUAGAAAGUGUAGGCUAUAUAGAUAUAAUGAAACUCAAAUUGAAAAUCAUUCAACAAAACGUUUCAGCCUAAUCGAUGUGUAGAUUGUAUCACAGUGUUGGAACUUGUAAACAUGGCUACAUGGGAUUUCUACUAAUGUGCCAAUGUCCGCAAUAAGUAUGAUGCCGGGAGCCACUGAUUGACUCUAACGCAGUUCCACCUAGGACACCGUCAAAACAACAGCUAAGUGGGUGUUUCAUCCCCCCCCCCCCCCCCCCAGUGCGGUGGAGCAGGGUACUGGUAUGCUGGAGCUGGACUGUCACCUGACUCGGGACGGUCAUGUGAUCGUGUCACAUGACGAAAACCUCCUGAGGCAGACCGGCCAUGAUGUCACCAUCUCCUCCCUAAACCUAGAGGUCAGAGGUCAAAUGUAUAUUAAAACCAUAUAAAUAGAAUGUAAAACUCCCUGUGAUUGUUGCUUGAGCGCUCUUUAUAUUACCAUAGCUAUUCUGACCAUAAUGUGUAUGUAUUAUAAUGUGUAUACAUGUAGGCCCCCUUUAUAAUCUUUUCCAUAAGCUGUUUAUGAGCUUUUAUAAGCUGUUCUAUACAGCUUAUUAAGCCAGUAGUGAGACAGUUCAUUCAUUUUGUAGUAUAAAAUACUAAUUGUGUUUUCUUUUCAGGAGUUACCCCUGUAUAAGGACAGACUGGAGGUCACGUUCUAUGCAGGUAUCUACUGUAGCACAUACACUCUAUGGCCAAAAGUGGUCGUCGAACAUCUCAUUCCAAAAUCAUAGGCCUUAAUAUGGAGUUGGUCCCCCCUUUGCUGCUAUAACAGCCUCCACUCUUCUGGGAAGGCUUUCCACUAGAUGUUGGAACAUUGCUGCGGGGACUUGCUUCCAAUCAGCCACGAGCAUUAGUGAGGUUGGGCACUGAAGUUGGGCGAUUAUGCCUGGCUCGCAGUCGACGUUCCAAUUCAUCCCAAAGGUGUUCGAUAGGGUUGAGGUCAGGGCUCUGUGCAGGCCAGUCAAGUUCUUCCACACCGAUCUCGACAAACCAUUUCUGUAUGGACCUCGGUUUGUGCACGGGGGCAUUGUUAUGCAGAAACAGGAAAGGGCCUUCCCCAAACUGUUGCCACAAAGUUGGAAGCACAAAAUUGUCUAGAAUGUCAUUGUAUGCUGUAGCGUUAAGAUUUCCCUUCACUGUAACUAAGGGGCCUAGCCCGAACCAUGAUAAACAGCCCCAGGCCAUUAUUCCUCCUCCACCAAACUGUACAGUUGGCACUAUGCAUUCGGGCAGGUAGCAUUCUCCUGGCAACCGCCAAACCCAGAUUCAUCCGUCGGAAUGCCAGAUGGUGAAUUGUGAUUCAUCACUCCAGAGAACGCGUUUCCACUGCUCCAGAGUCCAAUGGCGGCGAGCUUUACACCACUCCAGCCGACGCUUGACAUUGCGCAUGGUGAUCUUAGGCUAGUGUGUGGCUGCUCGGCCAUGGAAACCCAUUUCCCGACAAACAGUUCUUGUGCUGAUGUUGCUUCCAGAGGCAGAGUGUUGCAACCGAGGACAGACUGUUUUUACGCACUACCACUUCAGCACUCUGUGGUCCCGUUCUAUGAGCUUGUGUGGCCUUCCACUUGGCGGCUGUGCCGUUGUUGCUCCUAGACGUUUCCACUUCACAAUAACAUCACUUACAGUUGACCUGGGCAGCUCUAACAGGGCAGAAAUUUGACAAACUGACUUGUUGGAAAGGUGGUAUCCUAUGGCGGUGCCACAUUGAAUGUCACUGAGCUCUUCAGUACGGGCCAUUCUACUGCCAAUGUUUGUCAAUGGAGAUUGCAUGGCUGUGUGCUUGAUUUUAAAUACCUGUCAGCAACGGGUGUGGCAGAAAUAGCCAAAUCCACUUAUUUGAAGGGUGUCCACAUACUUUUGGUGAUGUAGUGUAUGUCUCGAUCAGACCGACAGCGUCAUUGCAUCAAUGCUACGUAAUAAAUUCAAUAUUAAAACGUAUUUAAUUAUGUAAUCCAACGUUUUUUGUGGCUAUGUGUGCAACAAAAGUUCAACAUUCACCUUUUGCAACUAUUUCUGUCAAGUCUAAGCAUACCAUUUUAUGUAUACGUUGCACCAUACAGAACACACUGCAACUGCCUCUGCAACGCAAUGCUGCAAGGCAAAUGUAGCAUUCCAUUGGAAAUUAAUGUACUUCUGGUGUACCAAAAUGGAAUGACGCUGUCGGUCUAAUCGAGGUAAUACACACACAGAGACACACACCCUGAAUCAUCCACCAUACUUCUCUGACAGAAGUGGGUCGAUGGCAUAGACAAAUGCUCCUUGUGAAGUUUCGCACCAAUGUGUGCAUGCGUAUGUAUAUUCACUGCCCCACCCUUCUCCCUCCCAUCCUCUCCCUUUCUUCCCUCUGUUCCCACACCAGGCCGCUACAGCACCGGUACAGACAGGAAGUUCACACUGUUGGAGGAAGUGUUCAGGAAGUUUCCUAAGAUGCCAAUCAACAUCGAGAUCAAAGAGGACAACAGCUUGCUGAUGGAGAAAGUACAGGACUAAGCUGAAUUGAAUCAAAUCCAACUUUCAACUUUACAUUGUUUUAAAGUGACCCAACUGAGCUGAAUCCAAUUAAAUUCAACUUUAUUUACAGAAUAUACUUUAUUAAUAUAGCUGCGAGCAGCAAUGAACGGGGUUCACAGCAUUACAGAAAGGACACAAGAUAGUUGGAUAACAAAGCAAGCACUCUAUCAUGUAGGAACUAUCUUCCUUUAUGUGCAAUCAGUGAAAGCAUUACCAUGGUUAUCUCUCAAUACCACAAGGAUCUAUUGUCCCACCAACUGGUCUAGUGCAGCAAUCUAAGGUUACAGUGACUUUAUAGUCACACAGCUUCUAAGGACAUAUACAUAAGGUUUACAUACCAAAUUUCAUGGCCCCAUGUCCAUCGGUUCAGUUCUUAUAGCCUUGGUGUGAUAUGGUGCCAUCUAGUGGUGUAAUGUGGCCGUCUUUGAAUGCAGCAACUAAUCAUUCUCCAAUUCAUUAGAGGCUAAUUCAUUGAGUCUAUACCAAAUCUGGAGUCAAUCUGAUUUAUGGUUCGUGAGAAGAAGAUUUUAAAAGUAUUUUUAGCAUUAGCAUAUGUGCUAACGUGUAUUUAUAGGUACAGUGCAGCCAUAUUUGAAUGCAUAUGGUUCAUGAGGAGAAGAUGAUUGCAGAUGAUUUUGAGCAUAAGCGUUACAUAUGCAGAAUUAGUUGUUAAUAGUUUCUUUGUAUUUUGAGAUAUCAAUACCAAUUUCAGUGUGGUUCAUCUUAGAGACGUCCAUGAUAGCAGUUCCAAGUUGAUAGGCCAUUGUGAUGUGGAUUUACAAAGGAUUUAAAUGGACAUGUAAACUCUGAUUUUUGAUUUGUCAUUAACUCAGCCAUCUCUUAACCAAUCCCUUAGCUUGGUGUUAUUUGGACUUAUUGUUCAUGAGAAUACGUUUUUCAUAGGUUUUCCAAAAUUCCCAAGAUGGAUGAAAAAAAUAUCCUGAUGGGGCCUUAUGGGUCCUUGAGGCAAAUUUGUUCAGCAUGAGGAAAGACAUCUAGGUCAAACGGGGCGGCGGAUAUGAGGGUUUAAGUGAGACCGCUUAUAACAGUGCCACCUAUAGGCCAAUCGGUACCAUUCCUUUUGACCAAUUUUACUCAUGGUCUCUAGUUUCUGUGUGCCAAAUUAGAAAAAAAGUUACCAAUCUAUGCUUCAGUUAUUUGACCAUGUCAAGGAAAUAAUUAUCUAAGAAUAACCAUGGGUUUCACAGCUUUGCUGAAUGGCUAAGUCACAGACAACGAAUAACUCCUCUCUCCCUUUCUGCCCCGGUCUCCAAACGUCUCUCUUCCGUCUCUCUCUUCCAUUUCUCUCUCUCUCGCUCUCUCUCUCGCUCCAUACCUUCUUCUGUCUCUCUCAGGUGUCCAACAUGGUGAAACAGUAUGAUAGAGAGGACCUCACAGUGUGGGCGACUGUAGACUCUACCAUUAUGAAAAAGUGCUGCAGAACUGUAAGUGUCAACUAGGGGGAAAUACAACAGGGACUCCAACUCCUAUCCUAGGGAGAGAUUUUUUUAUUGCACUCUCUCAACCCACCCUCUCUCUCUUCCCUGUCCCUCCUGCUCUCUUCCAUCCCGGUUCCUCUAUCUCUCCUCUCACCACUCUCCUCCCCCCUCUCUCUCCUUGUAGAACUCCACCAUGCCCUAUAGUUUCAGUAUGAGACGAGGGCUGCAGCUGCUCCUCCUUUACUACAGCGGCCUGCUGCCCUUUGUACCGCUGGGAGAGAGCUUCCUGCAGUUCUACCUGCCCCGCAUUAUCAACAGGUGUGUGUGUAUGCGCGUGCGAGCAUUUGUGUUUUUUUUGCGUAUGGGUUCCAAGGUUAAUGUGCUGAUACAGUACCUAUCUGACUUCGCCAUCAUCUGACUUCGCCAUCAUCUGACUUCGCCAUCAUCUGACUUCAUCAUCUGUUAUGGGUGUGUGUGGUCACAUGUUUAUCUUUGAGUAUAGGUGCACACGGAUGUGUGGUGACAUAGAGCUUUCUAUUGUUCUAUCUGUCUGGCAACCCUGUGUGUGUGUGCGUGCGUGUGCGUGUGUGUGUGCAUGUGUGUCGUAAAUUGUAACUGUAUCAUCUAAUCUCAUUCUAUUUGGUGCAGGACAUAUAUUCCUGAGGAGCGUCUUCUGAAGAACAGAAUGGUCAUCUAUCUGAUAGAAAAGUAGGUACAUUUACUACAGUAACAAAGCAGUUCCCUUUCCCUACUAAAACAAAAGACCAUAUACAAGCUUUGAUAAAAGAUUAAACCAUCUGCAAAUGUUUAAUGUUGUUCCAGAUUAACAAUGAGGAAGAGUCUAUUCAAACAUCUGGUCAACAGAGGAAUUCAGGUACAGAGCAACCAUCAUCAUCAUUAUCAUCAUCAUUACUAUUAUCAUCUUUAUCAUCAUUUUCGUUACUGCCAUCACUUCCUAGCACCUUCUGCUAACUUCUACCGCUUCAGUAUGUCAUGGCCCUUCAGUAGGCUCAGCAGAGCUCCUGUUACAUCCCAAUUUCACUUAUCUAGCCCUUUAAGAACUGUAGACACUGAGGGUGUAGGGCAAGGGGCAAACAUAGGAGGGGGUCCAAUCCAGUCCGAUUUUAGUGCAAUUUCUCUGUUAUACUGAUCUAUAAUGGGCUUUUGGAUGAUCAGUGGGCAACGGCCGGCCCCCCUACCAAGAUGGGUCGUCCCGGUUUUCUGAUAGACUGAGGUCACGCAAACUCACAUUCAAAGUAAAACGCGGCAUCAGCAAAGAGACCUGCUCCGACUCUGUCAUCAGUUAGAUAGCCAAGAUCAUGGGUCGUAAAAAACGGAAAGGGUGCCUAUAAACGUAGAAAGAGCACAUUCUACAUUGUCACCUCACUCAAAACGUCCUAUUAUUUGGCCAGCUAAAACCAUGAUUUGGUCAAACAGUAAAGUGCAUUAUCCUCAUGAUUCCUGUAAUGAAAGUGUCUGCCCUCCCAAUGUGCAUGUGCCCUCGCUGGGGCCUGCUGCUGCGAUGAGUGAUAUGGCUCUCCCCCCAUGCGCUCGAGAGAAAAAUGCUUUCUAAACGUAGAACAACCUUCGUCUCCUUGUUCAUGUCGAAGAGAGGAGGGUCUCAGCUUUCUGUAGGUAUAAUUAUUUAUUUCUCAACUCUCAAUAUUUAGCUCAAUCGCAACUAUUUUACAACCAAGAUAUUUGAUAUGGCUUUGAGAUAUGGAGCUCAUGGGUAGUAGCCUAAAACUGCGAUGUUUUUUUAGCACAUAACAUUUACUGUUGGAUGAAUACAUGGCUACUAGCAGUGGGUAUUAUAUUUAGAGUUAGAAAUGUAGUUAAUGUGCUUUUUUAGUAGUUUCCACUUCUUCAGGUGUUGAACCCCACAUUAAUUAGCCAAUGAUAUUAGUUAGUGCACAUAAACAUGUAUGUAAUUCGUCUCUAUUGAAUAAAAAUAAAUCUGGAAAUACUGGAGUUAAACCCCAAAUUCAUGACAAUCACUGGAUUAGCACAUAAAAAUAAUAUGAAACAUGCAUUCCUGCGUGGACGUGAAUACCUCAGUAGUCUAUUUAUUAUACUUCUUAAUAAAGCACUACGAAUGACUUUAUAAGAUGAUUACUCGUGAUUUGGGUCUGGAGGCCUGUUAUAUAAAUGAAUAGGGUAGGUGUUGAUUCAGGGGAACACAUAUGAUAAGCGCUCAUUUGCAAUAUAGCCUAAGGCCUAGAUUCAAUCAGAUCAAGCGUUAACCGGCGAUAGCUGCACUGCUGAUGUUUUGGCGGUGUCGGAGGUGUAACAACGUUGGAGCUGUCAAAUCGGUGAGCAGCUGCUCUUGAUUAUUGUCACAAAGCCACACCCGUCCCACUCGCGUUAGAAGUUCAGAACAAGAAAGUGUAGGCUAUAUAGAAAUAUUGAAAAUCAUUAAACAAAAUAAUGAGGAUUUCUAUCAGCCUAAUCGAAGUGGCGCAGUGGUCUAAGGCACUGCAUCGCAGUGCUAGCUGUGCCACUAGAGAUCCUGGUUCGAAUCCAGGCUCUGUCGUAGCCGGCCACGACCGGGAGACCCAUGGGGCGGCGCACAAUUGGCCCAGCGUCGUCCAGGGUAGGGGAGGGAAUGGCCGGCAGGGAUGUAGCUCAGUUGGUAGAGCAUGCCGUUUGCAACGCCAGGGUUGUGGGUUCGAUUCCCACGGGGGGCCAGUAUGAAAAAAAAAAAAAGUAUGUAUGCACUCACUAACUGUAAGUCGCUCUGGAUAAGAGCGUCUGCUAAAUGACUUAAAUGUAAAUGUAAAUUAACAUCUCAAAUUCCAGUGUUUUAAAUUAUAAACAAGGCUGCAUGGGAUUUCUCUUAAUGCGACUCCGUGCAGCCAAUGGCAAUGUCUGCUUUAGGUAUAAUGCCAGGAGCUGCUUGUGGAUUUGACAGUUCUAACACAGUUCCACCUCCAACAUCGCCAAGACAACCGCUAUGCGGAUGUUGGCUAAAGCAGAAGAAGCACAGAGUAACAGCAGAGAAGAUGCUGAGACAGAUAGACACACAACAGGGAGGCAAACAAAAUAGCUAGAGCGGAGGCACAGUUAUAGUGGUGAGUUGUAUCUCCAGUGGUGCUUUUACAUAUUGUAUUUGUUUUAAACAUGAACUGGUUAAAAAAGAGGAGGAGGACCAUAUUUUGCCAGUCACUGGUACAGAAAUGGUUGAGAAACGCUGUACUUUACUGUCAAUGUUAUGUGUCAGCACUACUGCCUGUGUCUAAGUCUAACUCACAGUGGAUGCGAAUGUCAGACAGAAGACUCAAGCCUGGUGUAGAUGUACAGUUGAAGUCGGAAGUUUACAUACACCUUAGCCAAAUACAUUUAAACUCAGUUUUUCACAAUUCCUGACAUUUAAUCCUAGUAAAAAUUCCCUGUUUUAGGUCAGUAAGGAUCACCACUUUAUUUUAAGAAUGUGAAAUGUCAGAAUAAUAGUAGAGAGAAUGAUUUUAUAUCAGCUUUUAUUUCUUUCAUCACAUUCCCAGUGGGUCAGAAGUUUACAUGCAUUCAAUUAGUAUUUGGUAGCAUUGCCUUUAAAUUGUUUAACUUGGGUCAAACGUUUCGGGUAGCCUUCCACAAGCUUCCCACAAUAAGUUGGGUGAAUUUUGGCCCAUUCCUCCUGACAGAGCUGGUGUAACUGAGUCAGGUUUGUAGGCCUCCUUGCUCGCACAUGCUUUUUCAGUUCUGCCCACACAUUUUCUAUAGGAUUGAGGUCAGGGCUUUGUGAUGGCCACUCCAAUACCUUGACUUUGUUGUCCUUAAGCCAUUUUGCCACAACUUUAGAAGUAUGCUUGGGGUCAUUGUCCAUUUGGAAGACCCAUUUGUGACCAAGCUUUAACUUCCUGACUGAUGUCUUGAGAUGUUGCUUUAAUAUAUCCACAUAAUUUUCCUUCCUCAUGAUGCCAUCUAUUUUGUGAAGUGCACCACCAGUCCCUCCUGCAGCAAAGCACCCCCCACAGCAUGAUGCUGCCACCGCCGUGCUUCACAGUUGUGAUGGUUUUCUUUGUCUUGCAAGGCACCCCCUUUUUCCUCCAAACAUAAUGAUGGUCAUUAUGGCCAAACAGUUCUAUUUUUGUUUCAUCAGACCAGAGGAUAUUUCUCCAAAAAGUACGAUCGUUGUCCCCAUGUGCAGUUGCAAACCGUAGUCUGCCUUUUUUAUGGCGGUUUUGGAGCAGUGGCUUCUUCCUUGCUGAGCGGCCUUUCAGGUUAUGUCGAUAUAGGACUUGUUUUACUGUGGAUAUAGAUACUUUUGUACCUGUUUCCUCCAGCAUCUUCACAAGGUCCUUUGCUGUUGUUCUGGGAUUGAUUUGCACUUUUCGCACCAAAGUACGUUCAUCUCUAGGAGACAGAACACGUCUCCUUCCUGAGCGGUAUGACGGCUGCGUGGUCCCAUGGUGUUUAUACUUGCGUACUAUUGUUUGUACAGAUGAACGUGGUACCUUCAGGCGUUUGGAAAUUGCUCCCAAGGAUGAACCAGACUUGUGGAGGUCUACAAUUUUUUUUCUGAGGUCUUGGCUGAUUUCUUUUGAUUUUCCCAUGAUGUCAAGCAAAGAGGCACUGAGUUUGAAGGUAGGCCUUGAAAUACAUCCACAGGUACACCUCCAAUUGACUCAAAUUAUGUAAAUUAGCCUAUCAGAAGCUUCUAAAGCCAUGAUAUCAUUUUCUGGAAUUUUCCAAGCUGUUUAAAGGCACAGUCAACUUAGUGUAUGUAAACUUCUGACCCACUGGAAUUGUGAUACAGUGAAUUAUAAGUGAAAUAAUCUGUCUGUAAACAAUUGUUGGAAUAAUUACUUGUGUCAUGCACAAAGUAGAUGUCCUAACUGACUUGCCAAAACUAUAGUUUGUUAACAAGAAAUUUGUGGAGUGGUUGAAAAACAAGUUUUAAUGACUCCAACCUAAGUGUAUGUAAACUUCCGUCUGUGAUAGGGUCUGGGCAGUGGCUGAUAGGGUCUGGGCACCACUCCCCCCAUGGUGGGGGGGUGAGUUGGUGGCACGAGCAGUGGUGUGGGCUGGUGUGGAUAAAAUGCCUGGGCCGAAUUCUUGUCCCAGUCCACCCCUGCGGCCCAGCUCACUAAUAAUCACCUAAAUGAAAGCUAGACAGUCAGGGAGCAUCAGAAAUUCCAAAAACGAUGAAUAGAGGACUAUUCAUAGCAAAUGUUGACGGCAAGGACCAAUUUUCUGUGCGGCGCUCUUGAACUUGUUGAAGACCGAAUGUGCCCCCGGGUCAAAAUGAGUUUGACACUCCUGGUGAAGGGACAGGUGACUGAAAUAGAACCAGGGUCAUGUUAAUUUGAGAACAGCGUAGAAAAACGUUGCGCAACAAAAAAGGAAAUUGAGCGUUUCUCAUUGAAUAUUCAGAUAUUUUAACUCCCUGUUUCACUUUGUUUUGGACAAUUUUCUUUUGUUUUGUACCUAAUGAAUAUGACCCAGCCCUCACUCAUAUCCACCCACAUUAAAAAAUACUAUAGUAAUUAUUGUAGUGUUUUUGCGGAUUUUAGUAUACUAGUAAUCACUUAAGUGUUUUUGCAGAAUGUACUAUACUGUAGUAUUUACGGUAGUGUUUUUGCAGGCAUUACUACUAAAAGAGCAUAUUUUCCAUAACCCGUAGGUAGGUAGGUAGGUAGGACUGGGGUCUGAAUGAAUAGUUCAGAGCUGCUGCUCUUUUCUAUAACCUGUAGGGAACACAAUAUAUGGUCUAUACUUAGCAUGUAGGUUUCUCACUUACAGUGCAUUCGGAAAUUAUUCAGACCGCUUCACUGUUAUGUUACAGCCUUAUUCUAAAAUUGGUUAAAUAGUUUUUUCCCCCUCAUCAAUCUACACACAAUACGCCAUAAUGACAAAGCAAAAACAGGUUUUUUGAUAUGUUUGCAAAUUUCACAUUUACAUAAGUAUUCAGACCCUAUGCUAUGAGACUUGAAAUUGAGCUCAGGUGUAUCCUGUUUCCAUUGAUAAUCCUUUAGAUGUUUCUACAACUUGACUGGAGUCCACCUGUGGUUAAUUCAAUUGAUUGGACAUGAUUUGGAAAGGCACACACAUGUCUAUAUAAGGUCCCACAGUUGAUAGUGUAUGUCAGAGCAAAAACCAAAAAGUGAAGGGGCCUAAAUACUUUCUGAAUGCACUGUAUGGGUGGCACAAAAUGGGAUAUGGGGGAGGGGAAUGGGCAUGUAUUUAUGCAAAUUAAAUACUGUAGUUCCUCAAUAUCUCUUUGAAGUCACAUAGAUCACAUCAUUACGCUCUUUUUGUUUACAAAGCCGUGCUCCACAGACUUCAGACUUACCUAACAUCACUGUUAAGAUUUAAAAUAACUAGUUAUCAAACCCUUUCACAGGUUUGGUUAACUCUGGAGACUCCUUUGGUGUCCAGAGUUAGGUAAAUCAGCCUUUAAUUUCUUUGCACCUUACUUGUGGAAUGACCUACAAUACACUUUAACAUUUGAGGAAUUGGUGCCUCAAUGGCAUUUCAGACUGUUGUUAGGGGACCUUUUUACUGAGGAAUGUGUCUGUUUUUUAUGAUUGUGUUUUUCUUUUCGUGUAUUGUUGUGUAUAAUAACGUGUAUUUUAUUGUGUAUAUUAAUGUGUAGUUUAAUGUGUUUAUUGUAUUUUGAUGUGUAUUGUGGUGCUUAUACAGGGCUCAUCUGGAAAGAGACGUUGGUCUCAGCAUUGACUCUCUGUCAAAAUAAAGGUUAAAUAAAAAAAUAGUAUUCUCUAUAGUGUUUUUGCGGACUGUAGUGUUUCUGCGGACAUUACUGUAGUAUUUACUACAGUGCUUAUUUUUGCGGAUAAUACUGUAGUAUUCACUAUAUUAUUCUACAGUAUACUACAACAUUCUAAAGUAAAAGUACUACACAUUAUCAAGGGAUACUACAGUGUACGUCUGGCCCUAUCUGUCCUCAGGUGCACCUGUUCGUCUGCAACGAGGAUCCGGACAUCGAGGCGGCGUUCGAAGCAGGAGCCACAGGCGUCAUGACAGACUACCCCACCCUCUUGACUAACUACCUACACAGACACAGGAAUCAAGAUUGACAGCCCAAACCUCCAAUCAAACUACUGAUUCCCAAACAGGGUUCUUGACUGCAGCUCAAGCUACCUAUCAAGAGACCUCCACGCGUACGUUGUUUAUCACUGAAAGAACCACACUGAAAUCACAAUUUUCCUUCACAACUCCGGUCUCCACCAAUGAGCAAAAGGACCGUUCUGUGAGGAAGUUGCCUGAAAAGCACAGAUCCAAGACCAGCGUAACCUUCCCAAAUCCCAACCUUAACCAAGAGGGAAAAACAUAAAACCAACCUCUGAUCAAUGUCUUUAGGCAACUUCAUUCCAUCAAAAAAAUUAAUAAUAAUAAUAAUAAUAAAAAAAUCUUUAUAAAUAAAUAAAAAAUACAACAAGAAAGAUAAUAAAAAAAUACAUAAAAUAAGAUAAUAAAAAAAAGGGAGGCACUCACUAACUGUAAGUCGCUCUGGAUAAGAGCGUCUGCUAAAUGACUAAAAUGUAAAAUGUAAAUCUACACAAAAGGAUGUCACUACACUUACUGUCUUUUGGUUAAUGGAUUGUGGCCAAAUAUUGACACACUGUUCACCUCUCUCUGCAACCUCUCUACAGCCUUCCCAAACCCUAAUGGAUCUAUCAGUGGCUGUCUGGAUGUUUUCUUUAAUUCUAUAUCCUUGACGUUCUCUCAUGGUAUUAUGAUAUUUACAUAAUGGAACUUACUUUUGGGGUCUUUAUGACAGGCUAUACAAAUUGUAUGUUUAUCAAUGCAAAGAUGAUUUAAAUAAAUACUUGUAUAGUUUUAAGCGUUCUCAAGACCAGCCUCCAUUUGUUUAUACCACCGGAAAAUAACGGCUUCCAACACACAGUAUUUACUUGCUUCAAUUCCUAAUUCUCUCAGCCCAGGCCAUGGUCAAAGUCUGCUCACGAUUCUUAACAAUAAUCUACCAGCCAGUCCGGUCCCAGUGGGAAACAAAGGCUGCACUUUCCUGACCUGGUUCACUGUGUGUUGCAUGCAGUAUAAAAAAUAGGUUAAUGGAAUAAGUGGAUGAAUUCAAACACAACUCUUUAGAGACGUGGUAAAAGAUUAAGACCUUGUCCUUUAGACUUCGGAGAAAUAGGGCUUCUGUGACGCA